GUGAAACACCGUUGUAUAGUAAUAAAAACCAAGCAAUUACGAUUUAAUUAAAGAAGUAAAUGUUUUAUUUUAUUUUAGUUUAUUUUGCAUUUUUCCUUGCGCAGGAAGUCCGGCAGUACUGUGGACGAUUGCAGAGCUGACAUCUUUUUUUUUGUUGUUUAACUUAGCAUGCUAGCUCUAAACGGAGGUGGAGAUAAACAAGAGUCUUAUACAACGCAAGCGCGGUGUUAGCUCUUAUAAGACUGAUAGCUAUGACAUUGCGGUCGUUCAGUUAGUGCACUGAUAACUGACACUAUGUCAGCGUUGUUGUUGCACCACACUGGUGCCGCUUGUAGAAAAUACAGCGGAGGUUUCUUUUGGGCACUGUCAAGGCGAAACUCUCAUGUAUUAGCAAAUAAGCUUAUGUCCAGCCACAGUGCUAGAAAUGUGCUGUCCAGGUGUGCUAAUGUCAGAAAAACGCCUCUGUCGAAAUCAGAACGGACACUAACGAGGCAGCCACAGAAACUCCUUCAGAGCCUUCUGCACAGACCUUUGGGUCCUGGCAUGUUGGGACUUAACAAAGAGUUAAUUAGGAACAACCUGCUGAGAAACCCUGUUGGUUUGCUCAGUCUUUUAGAGGCAACAAACUUCUUCAGUACAUCUCAGUCUAAACAAGAGAAACAAAACAAAAGUGGUGGACCAAAGGGGAAAGCUCCAGAGGAAGAUGAAGAGGAGAAGAAGCGUCGUGAGCAGGAGGAUCACAGGCGCUCCCGCCUGGUGACCCUCCUAUUAAUGGUGGCCUUCAUCGUUGUGUCGAACGUCCUGAGCAGCAGUGGUGGUAACAUCUCCUGGAAUGACUUUGUCCAUGAGAUGUUGGCCAAGGGAGAGGUGUCCCGUGUGCAAGUUGUUCCUGAGAGUGACAUAGUCGAAAUCUUUCUUCAUCCUGGAGCAGUUAUCUUUGGAAGGCCUAGGCUGGCGCUCAUGUACAAAAUGCAGGUUGCCAAUAUUGACAAAUUUGAGGAGAAGCUGAGAGCUGCUGAGGAGGAGCUGAAUAUUGACACUAAGGACAGAAUACCAGUGUCCUACAAACGCACUGGUUUCUUUGGAAAUGCAGUCUAUGCUCUGGGGAUGGCUGCUAUAGCUGUGGUUUUUCUCUGGUAUAUCUUUCGACUAGCCAGCAUGGGUGGCAAAGAAGGCGGCUUCAAUGCUUUAAACCAGCUGAAGAUGGCCAAAUUCACCAUCGUGGAUGGCAAAUCGGGUAAAGGUGUGAGUUUCAAAGAUGUAGCAGGCAUGCAUGAGGCUAAGAUGGAAGUGAAGGAAUUUGUUGACUACCUCAAGAAUCCAGAACGUUACCUCCAGCUGGGAGCCAAGGUUCCAAAGGGUUCGUUGCUGCUUGGGCCUCCAGGAUGUGGGAAGACCCUGCUGGCUAAGGCUGUAGCUACAGAGGCUCAGGUUCCCUUUCUGGCUAUGGCAGGCUCUGAGUUUGUGGAAGUCAUUGGAGGCCUUGGUGCUGCCAGGGUCAGGAGUCUGUUCAAGGAGGCUCGCGCCCGAGCACCCUGCAUCGUCUACAUUGAUGAGAUCGAUGCAGUGGGAAAGAAGCGCUCCACCAACAUGUCAGGUCUCUCCAAUACUGAAGAGGAGCAGACUCUCAACCAGCUGCUGGUAGAAAUGGAUGGAAUGGGAACAACAGAUCAUGUCAUUGUCCUCGCUUCGACUAACAGAGCAGACGUCUUGGACAAUGCGCUCAUGAGACCAGGCAGAUUGGACAGACAUAUCUUUAUAGAUCUGCCGACACUGCAGGAAAGGAAGGAAAUCUUUGAGCAGCACCUGAAGUUCCUGAAGCUGACUCAACCACCCAAUUUCUACUCCCUACGCCUGGCUGAGCUCACCCCAGGCUUCAGUGGUGCAGACAUUGCUAACAUUUGUAACGAAGCUGCACUGCACGCUGCCAGAGAGGGCUACAAAUCCAUCGAUACCUUUAACUUUGAAUGUGCUGUUGAGAGAGUAAUAGCAGGGAGUGUAAAGAAGAGUAAGAUCCUGUCUAAAGAGGAGCAGAGGGUGGUUGCCUUCCAUGAGUCUGGACAUGCCUUGGUGGGAUGGCUCCUUGAGCACACAGAGGCAGUCAUGAAGGUGUCCAUUGCCCCACGGACUAAUGCUGCCCUGGGAUUUGCCCAGAUUUUGCCCCGUGACCAGUACUUGUUCACCAGGGAGCAACUGUUUGAGCGGAUGUGUAUGGCUCUGGGAGGAAGAGCUGCUGAGGCGAUCACCUUUAAUAAAGUUACUACAGGUGCUCAAGAUGACUUGCGCAAGGUGACUCGUGUGGCCUACUCGAUGGUGAAGCAGUAUGGCAUGUGCGACAGUGUUGGACAAGUGUCAUUCCCAGACACAGAGGAGCAAGGUGCCGUUGGACGCCGUCCUUUCAGCCAGGGCCUGCAGCAGCAGAUGGAUCAUGAAGCUAAGUUGUUGAUCGCCCGUUCAUACAGGCGCACAGAGAAGCUGCUAUUGGACAACAGAGACAAGCUCAUAAUGUUGGCCAACGCGCUUUUAGAGCAUGAGGUAGUGAAUUACGAAGACAUUGAAGCCUUGCUGGGUCCACCGCCACAUGGGCCAAAGAAGAUGAUCUUCCCACAGAGCUGGGUGGAGGCUGAGAGGGACAAACAAGACUCAGGAGAAGACGAACCCCAACCACCUUCCCACAAACACGUAGAAGAGGACAUGAAUCCUCAGCUGGUCUGAUCUUACAAUGUAUGUCUCAAAACUCUUUUCCACUUGCUCUGUCUUGUGGGAUCAUUAAGGGCUGGUCAAUUUUCUGUAAAAAAUGGUACGUGUUUUCCAGUCGGCUGAGCCAUUCAGCUAAUCUGAAUGAUAAUCUGCAACUUAAUGAAUGAUUAUUUUGGAGGUAUUCCACCAUUUCUCUCAAGCACUUGCUGUCCAGCCACAUUAUUAUGCCCUGGUAGCACAAAAAGCAAGUCUAUUUGAACCGGAUGUCUCCAACAAGCAUUAAGUGCAGACAGUCUAGAAAAGCCCUCUUUUAUUAGCAUUUACUGUAUCUUCAUUCAACAAUGAAAUGCUAUGUCUUGCAAUUCCUCAACAUUGUGUGCUAAUGCCUGUAGUUGAUGCUAUCAGAUUUAUACAAAUAUACUGUAGCCUAUACAGAUUUUGAUUCAAGUGUUUCUGUGAAAAACUUUCAUUUCAUGUGUGCAAAUAACUGAGCAAAGGAACUGCGAGGCCAUUUGUAACUCAAGUUAUUAUACACUGAAGAAAGUAGACUUCACAAUAGCCGUGUCCCAAUUCAGAGGCUGCAUCCUUCGAAGGCUGCAUUUGAAGGCCGAAUGCGUCCACCGGCACGACAAAGGCUGCUCCAUUUCAUUAAGGCAUGAAGACUCCUUCAAAUGCAGCCAACGAAUGCGUCCCUCUUUUCCACGGCUGCGAAGGAUGCAUCAGCUGGAUCCUUUGCAGCCCCACAUAUCCCAAGAUUCAUUGCGCACCGGGGACAGAUCAACAGCUGGAGUUUUAACUGCUCACAACUGAUGGAAAAGAUGCAUUUAUCAGCGGCUGAGGAUUAUACUUUUAAUGUUACAGCUCACUUCAAUAGCUAAUGAUACAAAUGUUAAAAACCAACAGAUUUUAAAAAUGUCUU